CCAUAAAGAAAGUCACGCUUCGCCAAUACCGUGAACAAAAGAAUAUCAACAAAAAAAAGAGAAAAAGCCCAAAGAAGCCAAAGGCCAAAGAAAAGGGCAAAUCACCCGGUAGGAAACCCACUAAGGGGGCUACACAAAAGUUAGGGUCGACCCGGUAG